AUGACCAUGAGAACUUCGUGGGCGGAUAUGGCUGCAAACUCUGGGGCUGACAAUGCUGCUCCUGGGUCAGCAAACAAUGCGGGUAAUAGUAACACUUCUGCACCUGCACGAUCAGCAUAUGUUCCUCCUCAUCUUCGCAAUCGGCCAGCCUCUUCAGAGCCGCCUGCUCCUGCUUACUCUGCGCCUGUCUCAAGUAAUGAUCGAGCUGGGUAUGGUGGACCUCGCCGGGCUGGUUCCCAAAAUGAUUUUCGUUCUGGGUAUGUUGGUGGUCGAGUAGGAGGAUGGGGUAACAGAGGUGGUGGUUGGGACCGUGGUAGAGAGAGGGAAGCCAACCCAUUUGGUGAUGAUGACGAAACAGAGGAGCCUUUCAGUGAGCAGGGAAACGCUGGGAUUAAUUUUGAUGCAUAUGAGGAUAUUCCAGUGGAGACUAGUGGGGAUAACGUACCGCCACCUGUGAAUACAUUUGCGGAGAUUGACCUUGGGGAAGCACUCAAUGAGAAUAUCCGGAGGUGUAAGUAUGUCAAACCAACACCCGUGCAGCGGUAUACAAUCCCAAUCUCUCUUGGCGGGCGGGAUUUGAUGGCAUGUGCCCAGACUGGUUCUGGCAAGACAGCUGCUUUCUGUUUCCCUAUUAUCAGUGGAAUUAUGAAGGGACAGGGACAGAGUACACAUAGACCAGUACGUGGGUCGCGCACAGCAUACCCACUUGCGCUCAUUCUUUCUCCAACUCGGGAGCUUUCAUGCCAAAUACAUGAGGAAGCUAAGAAGUUCUCAUACCAAACCGGGGUCAGGGUGGUUGUUGCUUAUGGAGGAGCUCCUAUUAAUCAGCAGCUGCGAGACCUGGAGAGAGGUGUUGAUAUCCUAGUGGCUACUCCUGGAAGAUUGGUAGAUUUGUUGGAGAGAGCUAGAGUUUCUUUACAAAUGAUCAGGUAUCUAGCUCUGGACGAGGCAGAUCGAAUGUUGGAUAUGGGUUUUGAGCCUCAAAUUAGGAAAAUUGUGGAACAAUGUGACAUGCCUCCACAAGGUGUCAGACAGACAAUGUUGUUCAGUGCUACAUUUCCAAAAGAGAUACAGAGAUUGGCCUCUGAUUUCCUUUCAAAUUAUAUUUUCUUGGCUGUUGGACGAGUGGGUUCAAGUACUGAUUUGAUCGUCCAAAGAGUUGAAUUUGUUCAUGAAUCUGACAAAAGGAGUCAUCUCAUGGACCUUCUUCAUGCACAGAGGUCAAAUGGUGCCCACGGCAAGCAAGCUUUGACAUUGGUUUUUGUGGAGACAAAGAAGGGAGCUGAUUCACUUGAACACUGGUUGUCAGUUAAUGGUUUCCCUUCCACUACUAUUCAUGGUGAUAGAUCGCAACAGGAAAGAGAACAAGCAUUACGAUCAUUCAAAAGUGGUAUCACACCAAUUUUGGUGGCAACAGAUGUGGCAGCACGGGGUCUUGACAUUCCCCACGUUGCUCAUGUGGUCAACUUUGAUCUACCAAAUGACAUUGAUGAUUAUGUUCAUCGAAUUGGUCGAACAGGGAGAGCUGGUAAAACAGGCUUGGCUACUGCCUUCUUCAAUGAGAACAAUGGAUCGCUGGCAAAGUCAUUAUCUGAUCUAAUGCAAGAGGCAAAUCAAGAAGUACCUGCUUGGUUAUCUCGGUUUGCUGCGCGUUCUUAUGGCGGAGGGAGGAAUCGUCGUUCAGGGGGAGGUCGGUUCGGCGGCCGUGACUUUCGAAGGGACUCUUCUUCUAAUAGGGGUGGUUCAGACUACUAUGGUGGAGGCUACAGCAACAGCGGUGGAUUGGGGGCUUCAAGUGGUUAUGGAGGAGGGUAUGGCCCAGGGGUUACCAGUGCGUGGGAUUAAUAACUGAACAUGCUACAUACUUAGUGUCUAGCAAUUGCAGACUAUUCCCCCUUUCAUAGGGGAUACUUUUGGCUUCUUUUUUUUUUUUUUCCUUGUGCCUUUGAGAUAGCGUUUCAUGUGAUCAGUGCUACUACAAUCGUUGCCAUUAGGGAGGGGAUGAUGUAAGUUUGGGGUGGUUGCAGGAACAGAGGCGUUGACGGUUGGUAAUGGUAGGUUUUCGUGAAAAAGUUCUGACAGUAUUGGGGGAUUCUGUGUCCUAGCUCUCUCUUGAUCCUUUUUCUUUUUCUAUUUCCUGUAAUUUUGUUGGGUGGUGGUGGUGGGUUGUGUAGUAUAUGUAGCAGUGGGGCAGAGGGAGUGUUCUUUCGGCUGCAUCCUUUUCAAUCUCAUAGGCAUGUUUUUCAACCCAUUUUUAUUGGGAUAUAACCAUUGAGGUCUCUGAUCCUUAAAAAGAGUUCCUUACUUCCUUUGAAGUUUAUUUUCUCCUCAAUGAAGUUUAAAAUGCUUUUGUACUGAAAUAAAUUUGGAAUUUCUGUUUCCUUUUGAGA